AUGCCCGCUGAGAUCGACACGGGCGGGCAUAGGGUGCUGCACUGUGAUUCCCGUGCCGACUGCCCGACUGCGACAUCGAUUCACGUGUCGACCUCCCCGAACGAGUCGCAGACGAGAAGAGCCCCGAAAGAUCGACGAAGUCGAACUGGAAGUCGCGUGCAGAGACAGGUCGCGGAGGGGCCGUUAGACCGCAGUCGCGGAAACCCGCCAUCCGAUCGCGGCGAAAGUUCACCCACGAGGGUUCCGAGAAUCGACGGCGAGGAGGAAACGAUCCUAGGCGGACGUGACUUCCCGGCGAGGAGGAGUCGCGCGCUAACGCGGCCGUCGCAUCGGCGACGCGGAGGAAGAGGAGGGGCGGCGACGAGAGGCGAAAACGAAGACGGCGACGGACACCUCGGGGCAUGUUGCGUGCCGAGGCGGACUCCGCGCGCGAUCGAGGAUGUCACCAAGGACGAGCGUUUCUUGGCCACGUGGAGCACGCGGGAGGACGCGGGCGGCGUGAUCGAGCGCGCGGGAUCGCGCGGGCCGCGCCGCGAGACGACGGCACGGUAUCGGCGCGCGAGCUGCGGCCACCCGAUCGCGAAGCGUCGAAGUCUCCGUGAUCGAUCCUGGACGGAGCCGCGACCGUCGUUCUACGGGAGUAGAAGGGCUCGCGACGCGGAUCCGAUCGAUCACCCGGGAAGAUUAACGCGGCGCACCGCAGGUGGAGGUCCUCUUCUCUCUAGUCACCAUUCGCGUACCACUCGCGCGAAGGACGAAGCCUACGAGGACGAUAUUAAUGACGAGGAUUUUUUCCGCGAGGGACACGGUAACGACAAAAACGGACGAUUGGAUCGCUCGGGACGACGUGACGAACGUCCGCAGGACGAGCGGAUCGACAAGCUCGCGGAUAGGAAGCGGAUCAGAUGCGCGUGUCGCGUUUACUCGUUCCUGAGGCUGGCUCUCGUCCUUUUCCUCGUCGCGUUCGGACAGCGAUACGGACCGCUCGGUUCGUCCAGUGCGCGUAGAGUCAGUGCGAAACAGUUCGCGAAUGGUUUAAGUGUUUUGGGGAUCGGGUUUAUCGGUGCAGUGAAUGCGCGUCCGAUCAAAGGUCCGAACAGCAAUGCGACGAAUUUGAUCGAAGGUCUGAACGGCACCACGGCCAAUCGGACCGAGAGAUCAACCAGUGAAAAUCUCUCUCACAUGACCGGGACGGCGAGGGAUGUACUACAGCUCUACAUCAAGAAUCGAUAUCUACAGAUCCUGCCGGACGGUACGGUGAACGGUUCUGACGACAACACCUCGAAUUACACCAUCUUUCGAAGGACGUCGGUGUCUCCUGAACAAGUGAAAAUCGAAGGCAUAGCGACCUGCCUUUACCUCUGCAUGGAUCCCUGCGGUCUACUUUACGGCUCGGCGGAUCUCGAAACGCAGGAGUGCCACUUCGUCGAGAUUAUGGAGCCGCACAAUUACAACACGUACAGCUCGGUACGCUGGUCCACGGCGAAUAAGACGCUGUACCUCGGUCUGGACCGUUACGGCCGGCCGAGGAAAGUACAAGCCAAAGGUCCCAACCUGGGCAAGCUGUCAGCCUACGCCCGGGUGCUGACGCGGGUCGUCGCGCUUGAUCGGGUGAAGAAACUGCAGAGGUGGCUAGAGGAACAGCUCAUAAUGGGCGCCCAGCACAAAAUACGCCACAGACACGGCUCGUCGUCGCACAAAAACAGUACUCGUCAUCGCCAGGACAUCUGUCCGUCUGCGCCGCCCGAGGAGAAGGACGGCAGGGACAGGUUCAGAUGUCGCAAGCGAAAGAAGAGGAACCGGAAGCGAUGGUGCAGAUCGGGCAAGCAACCCGGUCCCCAGUGCCAAGUCCCUAAGAAAUCGGCCGCGGAAUCCGACCCCGUCGAGGCGUCAUCGGAGAUCGGCGCGAGCAGCACCACGCCAGAAUCCAAGAGAUCCUGCGAGGGGGCGGCCAGCGAGGAGGCCUGCAGGCGACAGGCCCACUCGGUGUCGGCGAGCAAGCGGAAGUCGCGGAUACCCAUCGGCAACUCCACGUACGGUAAGAGCAAACCAUCAACGUCAAAUGCGAAAAAGCCAAACGUCAGCGUCGCCGAUAGUCAAAGUAAAAAGCCUGAUUUAACGGACGGGAAGAAGAGGAAGAGAAAGAGGACGGGUCAGCAGCGGACGAGCCAGGGGAGCACGGUGGCAUCGCCGCCGUCCCGGAAGCAGUACGGGCCUGGCACGACCUCCUCGUCCCGGGUCUCUUCGUCGCUAACGGCGCUCGCCAGCGAGGAGCAGCGGGCCUCGACAGCCGCAUUGUCCUCUUCGCCGUCUCCUCCUGGUGCGUCAACCGCUCUCUUCUCCACCAGAAGGCCGAGCUCGUUGCCGUCUGACCGUAAAAAGCCACCGCCGUCCUCGAGGAAUCACGUGACGGGACCGGUGGGCUCGCGUAGUAGGGUAGGAAAAUUUCUCCCGGGUGUCGCGAAUUCGCCGGACCGACCGGGGACGAUCUCGACGACGUCGAGGAGCGAAGUAGCGUCUCUACCGUCAACCACCAAAGUUCCUGAAGAUACAUACGCCUAUACUGUAACCCCUCUUCUGCCUCACUUCUCGCCAGUUCUCCCUUCCUCGUCCUUGCCCCGGCAGGAAUCCGACGAGGACUCGUCGAGUUCGCUAUCGUACUCCUCGCCCGUCGACGAGGAGUCGUCCUCGACCGUCACGAGCGAGCUCGCCACGGUAGAGUCCAGCACGUUGGCAGCCUCCGACGAAGAUAUCGCGGAAAUUACGACAUUUAGGUUAAAUGAAUAG